AUGGGUGCCGCAGCAAGCCAACCUGCGCCGCGUGCGGCGGCGGCGGCUGUCGUGGCAAGCACUCGAAAAAAAGUGAUUCAAACUAGCAUUAAACGGGAAGACUUGAUGCAAAGGCGCCGGCGCCGUGUCGUUGAACCCACAGGAGUCAUUGAAAUGGACAAGCACGUGCUCCAUGAAGCCGAGCGCUUUGAGGAGACUGUAGAUAAAGUCGAAUUUCUCGAGACUGACAUGACCGCGUUCCACGCCACGGCCGCAGGCCGGCGAGCAACGAACGAUGGUCCCAUUCGUAUGCCAACGGACAAAACCCACGCAUCCAACGCCACUACGUUGGUUGACGAUGUCCCUGGGCGAUUUACAGAUCGCCAAUUCCGCGAACUCCUCCGACUGUCCCGCGAAAGCCCAGCGCAAUGGCCCGUGUCGCGCCUGGCAACCCAUUUCGGCGCCGACGAGGCCACGAUCCAAAACAUUGUCGCGCACUGCUGCCCGCCAAAGAUCACGCCACCCACGACCACUGUAGACCAUCCGAUCGGAACGUGGUGGUCCGAAGCACGUGGCCAACGCAGCCUCGGCUCUAGUCACACCACCAAAUAA